AUGCUCCAGCCCGGCGGCUUCCGGCGCGACUUUGUCUUCCGCAAGGUCGCCGCUCGUGUCGGCGGCGGGCCCGAGCCGGGCAGCGACGCCUCGUCGCUCCAGUCGUACUCGGGCACGCCAGGCGGCAAUGGCGGCGGCGGCGGCAACCCGAACGCGAGCGGCGUCUCGCUCGCGUCGGCGUCGGGCGUGUCGCUCGUGCGGCCGGCGGCUCCUCGCCCGACGCGGUCCUUCAUCGACUUCCUGAGCCUGUACGGCCACUUUGGCGGGGAGAAUCUCGAGGAGAUCGAGGAGGAGGACGAGGAGGACGAGGACGAGGACGAGGAGGACCCCGCGGCGCAAAGCGGCCUGCGCUUGACGGGCGAGCGCGCACCGCUGCUUCGGGCGCGCAGCACGCUCGCGCGGGGCGACAGCCGCAAGCGGUUGAGCGUCGCGAGCGCCAAGGAGGCGGGCGAGGCGGCGCCGCAAGGCGACGCGAGCGUGACGCAGGCCGUGCUCAUGCUCCUCAAGAGCUUCGUCGGCACGGGCGUCUUGUUCCUCGGCAAGGCGUUCCUCAAUGGUGGCGCCCUCUUCUCGACCGUCGUCCUGUGCUUCAUCGCCAUGAUUUCGCUCUUCUCGUUCCUCCUCCUGGUCGAGACCCGGCAGGCCGUCCCUGGCUCAUUCGGCGACAUUGGCGGCAAGCUGUACGGCAAGUGGAUGCGGUGGGCCAUCUUGACCGCGAUCGUGACCUCGCAGAUCGGCUUCGUCGCGGCAUACACCAUCUUUGUCGCGCAAAACCUUCAAGCCUUCUUCAUGGCCGUCACCAACUGCCACACGUUCAUCUCGGUGCCGUACCUCAUCAUGGCGCAGCUCGUCAUCUUCCUUCCUCUCGCCCUUAUUCGCAACAUCCAGAAGCUGUCCGGCACAGCGCUCGUCGCCGACGCCUUCAUCCUCAUCGGCCUCAUCUACAUCUUCGGCAACGAGAUCAAGGUCCUCGUCGACCAUGGCGCCGCCGACGUUGUGCUCUUCAACGGCAAGGACUUUCCCCUCCUCAUUGGCACGGCCGUCUUUGCGUUCGAGGGCAUCGGGCUCGUCCUCCCCGUCUACGAGUCGAUGCGCGAGCCGCAAAAGUUCACGCGCGUCCUGUCGGGCGUCAUGGUCGGCAGCAUGGUCCUGUUCGCGAGCGGCGGCCUGCUCGCGUACCUCGCGUACGGCUCCGACAUCCAGACGGUCGUGUUCAUCAACCUCCCGCAGGACGACAAGCUCGUGUCGGCGUCGCAGUUCCUCUACAGCAUCGCCAUCCUCCUCUCGACGCCCCUGCAGCUCUUCCCCGCCGUGCGCAUCAUGGAGAACGGCCUCUUUGCGCCGCAGAAAUCGGGGAAGAAGAGCGUCAAGGUCAAGUGGGAGAAGAACAGCUUCCGCACGCUCGCCGUCGUCGGGUGCUCGAUCCUCGCGUGGGCCGGCGCCAAGGACCUCGACAAGUUUGUCAGCCUGAUCGGCAGUGUCGCCUGUGUUCCCCUCGGCUUCGUGUUCCCGCCGCUCCUGCACCUCAAGGCCUGCGCCCACACGCGCAAGCAGAAGGCGGUCGACAUCGCCCUCUUGUCGUUCGGCGUCGCCGCCGCCAUCUUUUCGUCGACGCAGACGAUCCAGAUGUUCCUGUCGGGCAGCGAGCCGGGCGGCCCGACGUUCGGCAAGUGCCCGCCGCCGUCCUGA